GAGGGUGCGGGCAGUGCGGAUCCUACCCUGCGACUGGAAGCCUUCGACUCUGUCGAUGACUCUGAUCUGGGCGCCGGCGGAUCGUCCAUUGACAGCGCCAGUGAGAUGCUGCCAAGUAAACCUGAGUAUCAGGCUCUGCGCGAACAACUCAAUAGCGCUGCUGAAGCUAAUUUACGGCUCUGUCCUGACGAUGAAUUGUACAUUCUUUUAUUUCUUGAGAAUGAGUUUGCGUGA